AUGAGCUUUGCGGAUAAGGUGGUUCUGAUCACUGGAAAAUCGUUGACGCUGGGCUACGAUUAUGCGAGAUAUUUACUCGAGAACGACGCCAAGGUAUACUAUUGUUGACAUAAUAAAACCAUAAACAUAUAAAGUCGUAUAUUUACAGAAGUUGACCUUCGGAGUUGCUGAUUCAAUUUUGAAAAGUGUUUCGCUGAUACAAAGUUACACUAUUCUGAGUGACUUUCUGUAGCUUUCUAUCAGUGAAUUAAUUUUUUAGAAUCGGAUCAGCAGUUCUGGAGAUUAUCUCCUACAAUUUAUAAACAUUUAACUUUACUUCUUUAUAGUAUUAAAAAAUAUAGAUUUAGUUAGCAACAGCCUAUCAUAAAAAUAUAUUAUUUUAUUAUUUAUUAUUAACAGGUGGCAUUGUGUGAUAUAAAUAAUUUUGAACGAUGUCGAUCGGUCGUCAACGAAUACGCUAGUGUGUUUGGUGACAGAAGAGUUGUAGCGUUGCAGUGCAACGGUACCGACCAGAAUCAACUCAAAAGUGAGUUACAUACAGAUGAAAAUAUAAAAAAUAAUUUUUUUUAAAUUUAAAAUUUAAAAUCCGCCAUUUUUGUCUGGACCGCUUGACGUGUAUUAUAAUUCAUGGGUGUGUAAUUAUUAUUAUUAUUUACUCUAUUAUCUAGAAAUAACAAAGUAUUGCCGGGUCAGCUAGUAUUAAUUUAUAUUUUGCCUUCAGAAAUAUUCAACUCAAUGAAUGUAAACAAAUAAAAGAACAAGUUUGAAAGCAUUAUUGCUAUUUUUGGGGAAUUAAAUUCUCAAACCCCCCUUUAUUCGCGUUUAUAAUAUUAAGUCACUAAAUUUUGAAAAAUUAGUUAUUUACACCAAUAAAUGCAGAACAAUGUGUGUUUUUCGUGUAGGAUGUGUUAAGUCAAUAUUUCCAAUAUUGAAAGUGUUAUUUCAAUGUACGUUUUAGGAUAACCCAUGGUUUUUCUGUUUUUCAUGCGUUUUAAGUUAGAUCGCAUACUACAGUGAAUUAAACUAUAUUGCACCUUUCAAAUGCGCUGUGUAAAAAAAGCUAAGUUAAUUUAACCCAUAUUAUAUUUUUCCUGAAUCUAUAGUAUUAUUUAAGUUGAAUCAUUGGAUAACUAUUUAAAUCAAUGUGCAUAAUAAAUUAAGUUAUUUUUUAAAUAAAAAAAAAAAAAAAACAGUCGAAUUUUGAAUACUAAAAUAUAAAUAUUAAUAUAUUAUACAAUACUGAACAAUACAUAUAGAAUUUUACAGUACUUAAAUUAUGAGAAAAUCUUAACAUAUUUUCAUUUAAAGUUUAUUUUAACUUUACUGAAAAAUUCUGAAAUGUUUUUUACGCACACCCACGAUUGUUAUUACAAUUUAAUAUCUGAAAUAUUAUUAUCGUAAUGUUGAUUGUGUAUUGCAAUAUUAUUAUUAUAGACGUGUUCGAAUCGUGUAUCAGGCAUUUCCAAAAGAUCGAUAUUAUCGUCAAUAGUGCGUGCGCGUUCGAUGCCUGGAUGGGUGAUGAGGAUAAUACUAUUUCGGACACAAACUUUGUAGGUAUACCCAUAUUAUUGAUUUUAAAUCUGAUGAGAUCGCGGUUUUUACAAAUGUAUCGUUAUUCGUGUGGAAAAUAAUAUUAACGUAUAAAUUAUUGUGCACACGUAUAGGAAUGCGUCGUCAGGGGAAUAAUUUUAGCAUUACAGUAUAUGGGAGUUCCGCUAGGAGGUCAAGGCGGAACCGUGGUGCAAAUCGUAUCGAAACCAAACGAGGACGCCAUGAUUCCCGAGUAUCUGUCUUUAAGAAGAAAUGUUUCCGCGUAUACGAAAGCAAUCGCCGUAAGUUGAACGAUAUAUUAUACAUUUUGUUUUACUUAUUAGUUAUAAUAUAUUAUAGUAUACAUAUAAUUCGAUUUUAUACGUUUGUUCUUCUCUAGAAGUCAAACGAAGGAAAUCCAACGUACCGAAGUAUAAAGUUUAUGACGUUAUGCACUGAUUCAUUGUAAGUAAUUGUAUACGUAUAUCAACAAUAAAUUUAAAAAAAAAAUAAAAUAUUUAUAUCCGUGAAUGGGUGUAUAAAAUAUAAACUGAAGACCGAUUGAGCAUAAUAUACAUUUUUGUUUCGUCAAUAUUGCGAGCGUAAUUUAUUAUUAUAUUAUAAUACAAUUAUUUUUAGUGAUAUAUCGUCGCUCAUACUGCAAAGAUGCAUUUCACAGUUUUUAUAGUCUUAUAGGAUGAUCAAAACAUAUUGCAAAAAAUAACACUUGUUUUAAUAUUUUAAGAAAACAAUAAACAUCUCAAUACUAUUGUUAUGUUUCUGUGUAGUUAGCUGAGAUACAUUAUGUUGGUACAAGGUUUUGAUAUAAGUGAUGUUAUUUCCGUAAUUUAUAGUAUAACCGUAAGUUUAACAAGACAAAUUACUAUAGAAUAAACCAUUUUUGUAAACCCUUGUUUUAUUUGUAUAAUUAAUAUCGAUAAAUAAUAUCAUUUUAUUGAAUUUUGAAAUACGUGCUGUUGCAGUUAAAGCGUCACAGUUAGUUAUUUUUCUGAUUUUCAAAUGCAUAUAAAUAUGCAUAUUGCAUACUAAUCGUAUCCGAAGCCUUUAUUCGUAUUUCCCGCAUAUAAAUUACAUGAUAAUUUUUCCUAAAUAUUUUCGAGUACUUUUAUACUCUACAUUUUAGUCGUAUAGUUUCGAGUCGUCACUUACUUUUGUAGGUAAGUAACACUUACGCGGGCAUCCGCUUAUUUCACUACUUUGUUAAAGCAUGAAUUUGUUACCAGUACUUUUAUUUCGUACUAUGUAUUCGGUGAGCAGCGCAUUACGAUUGCGACCGUAUUACCUUUAUACCAGUAAAAAAAAACGCAGAUUGCACUCCAAAAAAUAUACGAGGUGUUGUCCUUUUUUAACCACCACAAUACGAUACAACAUGAUUGCUGGCUUUGCUUAAAAUCAUUAUCAUACAUGAUAUAACAAAUAAUUUAUAAGAUAUUUAAAUUUUUUUAAAUUUUUUCCAAUAUAGUAGACAUAGUAUUUAUGGAAACAUAUAUUUAUUUAAAAAAUAUGACAAAUUUGUUUAUGAUAAUAAAUACGUAGUAUUUUGAUUGUAUUGAGCUGAAUAUUUUAAUAAUGUAUUAAUAUUUUAAAAUAAGUAGUACAUUUUUGUGUACUAAUGUAUUAAUAUAUGAAUACAAAUUAUAAUUUAAUAUGUACUUAUUUACAUAAAACAUUAUGUGAACUAAUUUUUAAUCCAGCCAUCAAUCGUGUUGUAUAUGUGGUGGGUAAAAAAGAAAUACCUAUACUUUUUGGAGCACAAUCGUGUUGCGUUUUUCGAUGGUAAAAAGAUCAAACGGGCGUAAUCGUGUUACAUCCAUUUUUGCUACACACGCGUUCGGUGAAUUGAUUCGUGUGCGACUGUCCAAAUAUUGCAGCGUUCGUAGUCAUCGUAAAAUAUAUACUUUUCAAUAAACUAUACAAUUUAAUUUCGUAAAACGAAAGAUUUUUAACCAUACCUGUGUUUUAUUACUUAUUAGGCCAGUGCAUCUCAACCAUUUUAACAACGGACGUGUAUGUAGGUGUAUUUUUAAGAUCGAUAAAAAUACCUCACACUUCUUUUUAAAAUUUUUCAAGUGUCCUUUAUUAUUAUUGUUAUUAUAAUUUGUUUGAUUGUAAAAUUUACAAAAAUUACCAUAAUUUCGUCAAUUUUUAUUGUACAAACAUAAUACAUACAUAGUAGUCAGUAAGUAUUAUAUUAUAAUAUUAUGAUCAAAUUUCGAACACCAUUUCGGGCUUUUUAACACGCAUUUCAAUCGUGUCUUUAAAAAGAUAUCUAUAAUAUAAUAUGUAUCGUGUUCAAUCGGACUUGAACUACCAAAGACUACGUAAACUGAAGUUAACACUAGUUUUUUUCUAUUAUUGUUUAGACCAGAUAAUGUUGGUAGAAACUUCGUCCAUAUUUUGGAAGAAGGUAAAACUGGUGAUUGUUGGGUCUCAGAAAACGGAGGCUUGCCGACAUUGGAACCUAAUUAUCAGUGGAUGAGGUAG